AUGGUGGAAGUUGCUUGGAACAGGAAUCCCAUGCCGGAUACUUGGUCGUCAAAGAUUGUGUCCGUGCCUCCGCCAAUGCCUUCCCGAACGCAGGGGGCUGUCGCAAGGUUCGAAGCCUGUGCGUCCACAGCAUCGCUCUUCCUAUAUGCCCAGGGAUCCGCCAUCCUUUGUCUUCACCAUGACACAUUAGCCCUUGAACGGCGGUUUGAGAACCACAAGGACGAUAUCAUCUUUAUAUCGGUGGACAAUGUGAGUGAGAGGGGAGCAGGACGGCUAGUAAUCAGCUACGAUGCCAGCAAGACGGCCAUCAUCUGGGAUUUAUUCACAGGAAGUGUCAUCGCUCGUUUUGCUUCCUUCGAGCAGCUAAAGGCCGCUUCGUGGAUGCGGAACGGGAAUGUCGCCUUUGGAAAUGAAAAAGGCGAUGUAAUACUAUUCGAGCCGUCGACCUCAGAGCAUGUUUCCUGUCGAACGAUCUUCGACCCAAUCACGGCGUUGGCACCGGCCUCCGAUUGUCGAACAUACGCGAUUGGAUACCAAAAUGGAUCAAUACUAAUAGCCACUCUUUUGCCGACGUUCACCAUUUUGCAUACAAUGACCACGUCCCGAGGACCAUCACCAAUUGUGUCAUUAGCAUGGCAUGCAUCGUCAUCGAAACAGAAAUCCGAUAUGCUGGCUACAAUGUCUGCCAUUGGAGACCUCAGGGUAUGGAGUAUUGCGAAGCCUCCGGGGAAGGACGUUCCCCGUGUAAUCCGAGUCCUCAAAAGAUCCGAUACUUCGUCACCGUCAGAACCAAAAUGGAUGGCUUGGUCGAAGAACGGAAAAAUCAUACAGUAUCUCGAUGGUGAAACUUGGGCCUGGGACGUCAAAACAAAGCAUAUCACGUACGAACCGGUUCCCACAAUUGACAAUCCCUUGGGAAUUGCUAACUACGGACCGACCGCCACCCUUUUCACGCUCGGUCCUCAAUUCACCGUUCAGCAAUAUGACCUGGAGAACCCGGCAAUGGUGGCAAACGUGCAGCACCCUCCCACGAACUCCAUGACCGCAGCUCUGGAUCAGAUGAGAGCUAGAACGAAGUCCCCACGCACAUUGCAGGAUGCCCCGGAGAUGCGGGAAUCGGGCUCGUAUUCAAGGCGUCGGGCCCCCUUUGAUUCCAGUGGUAUAGAGGCUGUAAAGCAACAACGCGCCGAGAUGAGCAGCCCUGAAUCCUCCCGCGGCCGUGCAGCCUCCGUCAGCUCAAAGGCUUCUUCUGACAGAUACAAACCCCCAUACUCUCCCCCUACAAGAUCAGCGCAUACCGCAACCUCUUUCUCACUAACGUCAGCCGGCGGCGGCAGAGAAACCCCCCAGCCUUCCUUUGCAUACGCCUCGUCAGUAUCAAUGUCGUCUGUAAAGAGUUCGCGGCCGGGUUCUCGCUUAAGGAAUGAAGUUCAGUUCAGCCCAGCAGAUAAAAAUGUUGACCUGUUUCCAUUUACUCGCGCACGCCUCAAUGACGUCCCGUACAGAUCUCAGCAGCCCCUCGACGAAGCUCGGCUGACACCUGACGACCUACGACGACAGAUGUUGAGUAUGGUGUUUGGUUGGGACGGCGACAUUGAGGGGUUGAUUAAGGAUGAGCUAUACCGCCACCCCCCAGGCAGCCCUGCAGCCAUUCUCCUUGCGCAAUGGAUUGACGAGUCUGACACUGACCACAUGGUAUCGAUGAUCAGUGCUGGCCCAACCUCGCUCGGUGACUGGAUGUUACUCGCAUUGAGUCAGAUGAACGGCCAGUCCCAGGCCAACAAGGUCGGCCAGGCCUUUGUCCAGAAACUGCUCGAGCUCGGCGAUGUGCACACUGCGGCUACGAUCUUAAUUGGGUUAGGUGACAGAGAUGAUGCAAUCGAGGUGUAUGUCUCGCAAAAUUACUACAUGGAGGCCAUUCUCAUGACGUGCCUGGUGAUGCCGACCGAUUGGCAGCGACAAUCGUACCUUGUUCGACGAUGGGGCGAGCAUGUUGUCGCUCACUCCCAACAACAACUCGCUAUUCGCUGCUUCAUGUGUACUGGGGUAGAGCCUUCUGAUCCCUGGGCAUCUCCGGCAGUUCAUCAAGCACACUUCAAAGAUAUGAUUCCCGGUAGGUCGCCAGUCGGAUCGCCGGAGCCUGCGUAUCAAAACCCUGCAAGUCUCCUUCACCCGACAACUACUGCAGGCAAUCGUCAGUCGCUCAAGACUCCGUCGCUCAAGUUAAUCACUUCUUUCGAUGGACAGCCAAACCAGCGUUUCCGAUUCCCUGGCCUCAAAUCUGACGAUCGAACGCCAACCAACGCCCCUGGAAUCACUCCAAUUGCAGAUUCAGCGGCCGGAUCUUCUGCCCUUUCACCUGGGGGCUUCGGGUCAUACAAGCUGAACAAUAUUCAAAGCCUCAACAAUGCCAUGAAUUCUCGGACAGGCACACCAGGCUUCUCAAAGCAACGUCUGCCGUCAAUUGGAGAAACCCCAGUGGAUGUCCACCCUCCAACAUUCCUGUUUAAAGAGAACAAAAAAUUAGUUGACUAUGGGUCUACGUCAGAAAACGAUGACACUAGCCAACCGCAAGAGCCGGAGGAUGACCUUGGCUUACUGCCCUCUGCACGGUACGACCCCGAAGAAGGCUUCAAGCCAAGCCCCCAAACCGCUGUCCAAGCAACCGCAGAUAAAUUUGCCACAAUCAAGGGCUUACCAUCGCCGACGCCGGGUAUCUUCGAAGCAUUGAGGGAACGAUCGGAAAGUCACUUAAGCACUCGAGAUCGCAAGCCAGACAACUUACACCUCAAUUUCUUGCCGGGGGAAUCAUCUCAUGACGAAGUCCAAUCUGGUUCCCUCGCGGCUAGUUUCAGGAGCCCUCCUUCUACCGCCAACAGUUUCAGUACAACAAAGAGUCCCAGUGUGAGCGGCCGCAGUAUCGACCAGUACAUCAACAGCCUGGACGAGGCGAGCUACCACUCACGGAAGACCUCUGGUCAUCGUCGUGGCAGGCGAAACACUGACGACUCGACAAUGCUGAGCACGCGCAAGACAAAAUCGAGAGCUGCAUCCAAUGAUACCACACGAGGACGCAACGAGAAGCGUUAUGUUCAGCCUGCAAAGCGUUCACCUUCCUCUCCCGUGUCCAUGUCUCCAGAAGAACUGGCACAGUACGCUGUGAAACAAACAUCAAAGGCUCGAAGUACAAGUAGGGUACGGAAGCCACGAUCCAGAAACUCGUCGGAACGCCGGCAGAACCGCUCCACUAGCCGACACAAAGCCAGCCGUGCUGAUACGACCGAGCAGUCGACUCGUGGGCGGAGCGCGGAUAGACAAGGACUACGAAACACAUCACCACCCUCCCCAGAACCCAUGACCAACCCGGAAGAUGCGCUCAAAUUUGUUGCAGGCGACAGGGACCGACGGACUCGUCACCGGAGUCGCAGCCGUCGUCCAUCCGCGUCUAGACGUGAACUCUCUGCUGACGGACGUCGCACCCGACCAGGCUCUCGAACUCGUCAAGAUGCCGACUCCAAAACAAAUGAGACGAAUCCUGCUGUCAACGAACCUGCUGAGAAGCCACAAGCGGUUAAUGAGGCCAAUCAUAAUGUUUCCCCUGCUACUGCUGAAAUGAGGCGAAAGGAACUGGCAGCGGCUGAACUUGAAGCUCGACGCCUCUCGCUUGCGCGCAAUCCGUCCGCCCCCAACAUUCCAUUCCCAGGAGAAAUCCAAUAUACUCGAGGUGUCCUAGAGAGCCCACCUUUCUCCGUGCAGUCAUUCACCCCUCGCACGCCGGGACGCACCGUGCUUCCGCCAAAGACUUCGCCGGACUAUCCCAGUAGCUCCGAGUCCAACUCGUCACGUUCCGGUGGGCCUGUAGGCCUUCCUGCAACUCCUCGUGCGAUGCGCCAUCCAAAAUACAGCGGACCUUCUGAGUCUGAGCCCAUGCCUCCUCCUCCGCCUCCUCCCCCAUCAGCUCCUCCCCAAACCGACACCGCACCACUCCUUCUUAGCGACGCAAGAUAUCAAGGCGAAGCCGAGCGUAUCCCGCGGUCCAUGUCUGUGCCAGUUCCCGAAGUGCAGCCUCCAUCCCGACCCUUGGACAUGCCAUUGCACCCCCACUACAACCCCAAUCUUCCACGUAGCCGCUCCUCAGACCGGAACCGAAGCAUCCACCAUCGCCGCCAAAGCUCGCGCGAGCUCUCCGCCGCCGGUGGAAGUCAUGAUUAUGGUUCCUCCCCUGUUACUGUGAACAUCGAGGAGGCGUUGGAAAAGUCGUUGCCGCCAAUUCUCCCUGAGUUGCAACACCUGAACAACAAUACCCCGCCACCACCUCCUCCGGCCCCGGUCUCGAUGGCUUCGCUUUCGGGCACGGGUUCCCAGCGUGAAUCUUCCGGGACAAUCGACAUCGUCAUUGACAAUGAAAAUCUCGGCCGCUUGCUCCCACGGGCUAUGACUGCUGGACCGGCACUAAACAGCAAUACUGCAAAUACCGAGACCAGACCGUCUAUUGGCCGCCGCAUGUCCCUUGAACAUCGAAGGAACCGCAGCGUUAAUGAGUCGUUCUCCUCGAAAAUCCGGAACCUAACGAGGCGAAGUAGUCGGGGCUCAGACGCUUGGGGCUCGCCGACCGGCCCUGGGCCUUCGUCUAGCUAUGGGAACGGCUAUGGCCUCGAUAACCGGGUAUCCCAUGAGGGUGUGCCUGCUCCUGAUGCUGAUGGUCGUAUAUAG